UUGUGUGGACGUUUGACAUUUAAAGAUAGCCUGAUAGAUUGACAUUUUCUGUUGAAUUGUUUUGAUUCACGGUUGACAUUUUUUAAGAAUAAAAGAAAGAAAUGAAUUCUAAUAAUCAAAAUAUGUCGCCUGCAUUAAGUAAUCAAUCUGGAUCAGAUCGAGAUGAUAUAUUGAUCCAAGGCCAACCUUUAAGUGAUUUUGUAAUGCAAUUAGAAGAUUACACUCCUACGAUUCCGGAUGCUGUUACCGGCCAUUAUCUCCAUUGCGCUGGAUUUGAUGCAUCUGAUCCACGAAUUGUUCGUUUAAUAUCGAUAGCUGCACAAAAAUUUAUAUCAGACAUCGCAAAUGAUGCAUUACAGCAUUGCAAAACUCGUUCAAGUAAUACUUCUAGUAGUCAUAAUAACUCGAAGAAUAAUAAAAACUCGAAAGAUCGUCGUUAUACAUUAACUAUGGAAGAUUUAGCUCCUGCACUUCAUGAAUUCGGAAUUACAAUUAAAAAGCCACACUAUUUUGUUUAAUUACAAAAUUUUUAC